UAGGCGUCGCCGGUUUUUGGUUGCAAGCUUUCUUUUCUAUCGCCAACCCAAAGAAAUUCAUCAGAGCUUUAGGAAUUGGUGGGUACAACCCAUUCAUCCGGAGUGCUCUCAGCCUCUCACCAAGUCACCAUCGGUAUUCGUCUUGGGUGGUUUGCGAGACUGUUGUUUACAGGCUGGGGAGUGGCCACAUGGCAGAUGGACAUGACGAGGAAAGUGAUGCGCUGGACGAGCGCUUGAAGCUGGUGGACUCCAAAGUCAAUGCCAAGAUCUUCUUCCACAAGGACGCCAUGGUCGAGUACAUGGAUAUGAAGGGAAUACUCAGCGACAUCACCGAGGAGAAGAAGAAGGUGGAGCAGGAGCGCCACAGGGCGAUGGUCAUGCAGCGUGUGGAUAACCUGGCGCCCGUGCAGGUGGAGCUCAUGGCAUCAAAGAUGGAGCUCGCGGUAGUGAAAGAGGAGCUUGCGGUGGCGAGGGAGCAGCUUGCGCAGAGGAACCUGGAGCUAGAUGAAAAGGAUGAGGAGCUGGCAGCUCUGAGGGUGAAGCUUCAGAAGAUGGAAGCCAGGAACAGUAACACUGAGCAGCAGAAUGGGACUGGACCUGAUCCUGUCCAUCUCCAACCCACCAUGGUGCAAUCAAGAUCAAUGCAAAAGAGGAAAAGACCAUCUGGAGGACCUUUGGACUAUGGUGCUGAUGAAAAUAGGCAUACUGGCCAAUUGGAUGGUCUAUCUAUGCCUCCUGUGGAGUCGUCGGAAAAUCUCAAUGUGCAAACAGGAUCAAUAGAGGAACAGAUAAGGCUGUCUGAAAGACCUCUGGGCAAUGAUGCUGUCAAUCUUGAGGGAGUCAAUGCUAAAUGCAAGUGGGUGUUCCAGGGACUCCUUGAAAUUGAUAGGGGUGGAAGGAAAAUCGGGAUAAAGGAAAUGGGGGAACUGAAUGAGAAGGCAUUCAAGGCCGCUUGUGUUGCAAAGGUACCUCCUGAAGAAGUUGAUACGGCAUUUUAUGAGUUAUACUCAUCAUGGCAGAAGCAAAUUGGCGACCUGAGCUGGUAUCCCUUCAAAACUGUUAUAGUUGAUGGCAGUCACCAGGAGAUUGUGAACCUUGAUGAUGAUAAAUUGCAAGAGCUGAAGAGGGCAUGGGGUUCUGGUGCCCAUGAUGCUGUGGUUAAGGCACUGAUGGAAAUGAAACAGUACGGCGUUCUGAGUGACAGAAGCAUCGCCUAUGAACUAUGGAACUACAAGGAGGGGAGGAGGGCUACUAUGAGGGAGUGUAUCAACUACAUGUCCAAUCAGGCAAAGCAGCUUACCGCGAUGAAGCGUAAGAAGAGAUUCACAGGUUGAACGGCAAGGAAUGAGCUACCAUACCACCUUUUUAACUCCCCAAGGAUAUGAGAAGUAGCAUCGCAGGAAAUCGCAAGCCCUUUUCGAUUAUGUACAAAUAUGCCAUGACUUUAGUAGGCUAAUGAUUCUGCUUCAUAGAAGCAGUGCUCCUAAUGUAGUGAGCUCACGGCUCUUUGACUGGUGAAGAGUCAGAGCGUAGGCUGUAGCAAGCAACUUUAUCAGACAGAUUAUGACUUGCCACUAGAACAUGUAUCCGUACGACUCUGUUAUUCCGAUGAACUCCCAUGCUUCGUGUUAGAACUUUGAUGAACCGGUUAUCUGAACCUCUUUAUCUUUAA